GCAGCAUGCACCUUUAACUUCGCUUUUUAUUUUUAUACCUAAUAAAAAUGAAUGACGUGAAUCCGGUGUUGUGUUGGCUCACUGCCGCCAGCUUGUCGGUGGGUGUUGACAUGUCAGUGUCACUUGGUCAGCUGAUUGCGGCCAGUUUAGAAAGCUUUUAGCCUGGCUGGGUGUUUGUUUUCGUUAACGCUACUACACGGGACGCACUACUAGAGACAUUGAACGCAUUUUUAAAUCCCACAUCUUGCGUUAUCUCUCUCUGUGCGUGCGUGCGUGUGUGUUGCGGGGUGAAGUUGACGCUGAGUGAGGCAGUGAUAAUAAUUAUUAUUCCUGCAGGGAGGGUGAAGUUGCUGCCUGCUACUCCUUUGCUCCGUGUGUGUGUGUGUGUGUGUGUGUGUGUCUCUGCAUUGCAGCCCCCGGCGGCGCUGCUGCUGAUGGAUUUCAAACACACAACAAUGGCGACGCACGGUCCGAGCAACUCAACAACACCGAGUGGCAACAACGCAGGCUCCGCAGUGCACAACCCGCACAACCCGCACCAGCAGCAGCAGCACAUCACCACCGUGAGCAGCAUGCAAGAGUCCAACACCUGCUGGAGAUGUCAGAGUGAAACAGGCUUUCAGAUAAACCUGUCUGGAGCUCCCCCAAGUAAACGUAAAGCUCUGAAGCUGAACUUUGCCAACCCUCCGAUCAAACCAACGACUAGAUUCACACUGAACACGGCCGGGCCGCCCUUUCAGAACCCGCACAUAGAGAGGCUGAGAACAUCGAGCAUCGAGUCGUCGGGAAAGUUGAAGAUCUCCCCGGAGCAGCACUGGGAUUUCACGGCCGAGGAUCUCAAAGAUUUGGGCGAGAUCGGCCGAGGGGCUUAUGGCUCCGUCAACAAGAUGGUGCACAAGCCCAGUAACCAGAUUAUGGCGGUCAAGAGAAUUAGGUCAACGGUCGAUGAAAAGGAACAGAAGCAGCUGCUGAUGGACUUGGACGUGGUCAUGAGGAGUAGUGAUUGUCCUUACAUUGUGCAGUUUUAUGGCGCUCUUUUCCGAGAGGGUGACUGUUGGAUUUGUAUGGAACUUAUGGCUACCUCGUUAGACAAAUUUUACAAAUUUGUAUAUUGCUCAUUAGACGACGUGAUUCCAGAAGAAAUCUUAGGAAGAAUAACAUUAGCUACUGUGAAAGCACUUAACCACUUAAAAGAAAACUUGAAAAUAAUACACAGAGACAUUAAGCCGUCAAACAUCCUCCUGGACAGGAACGGAAACAUUAAGCUGUGUGACUUCGGCAUCAGUGGUCAGCUGGUCGACUCCAUCGCCAAAACCAGAGAUGCGGGAUGCAGACCUUACAUGGCGCCAGAGAGAAUAGACCCCAGCGCGUCCAGGCAAGGCUACGAUGUGCGCUCAGAUGUUUGGAGUUUGGGAAUCACACUGUAUGAGCUGGCUACGGGACGGUUUCCCUACCCGAAGUGGAACAGUGUGUUCGACCAGCUGACCCAGGUGGUGAGAGGAGACCCGCCGCAGCUCAGCAACUCGGAGGAGAGGCGCUUCUCUCCCAAGUUCAUCGCCUUUGUGAACGCGUGCCUUACAAAGGAUGAGUCGAAAAGGCCAAAGUACAAAGAGCUACUGAAAGAUCCGUUCAUCCAGAUGUACGAGGAGCGUUCGGUGGACGUCGCCGCUUACGUCUGCAGGCUCAUGGAUCAGAUGCCAGCGUCUCCCAGCUCGCCUAUGUAUAUGGAUUGAUAGCAAGACGACGACGGGAAGAAAAGGAAAAAAAAAAAAAACACAUCAAUAAAUAUACACAAGUCUGCAACAGUAAAGACAGGAGAAAAAAAAAAGAAAGAAAGAAAAAAAAAAAGACGACAACAAAGUUAAACGAAACAAAUCCUCGUGUAAAUUUGCUUGGUCCCCUUAUUGCAGUGUUUAAAGAAAAAAAAAAAGAAGAA